AGUAAUUCAUCUUUGGAGAGCAACUUGGAAGGCCUAGCUGGUGUUUUGGAAGCUGAUCUGCCAAAUUACAAAAGCAAGAUACUAAGAAUACUAUGUACUGUUGCACGUCUGUUACCAGAAAAGCUUACUGUUUACACGACACUAGUUGGGUUGCUGAAUGCCAGGAACUACAACUUUGGUGGGGAGUUUGUAGAAGCCAUGAUUCGUCAGCUUAAAGAAUGUCUGAAAGUCAAUAUGUAUAAUGAAGCUGUGCAUUUAGUUCGUUUCCUGUCUGAUCUUGUGAAUUGUCAUGUAAUAGCUGCACCUUCAAUGGUAGCUAUGUUUGAGAACUUUGUGAGUGUGACACAGGAGGAAGACGUACCCCAGGUACGAUGUGACUGGUAUAUGUUUGCAUUUCUGUCAUCUUUGCCUUGGGUUGGAAAGGAGCUGUAUGAGAAGAAGGAUGCUGAAAUGGAUCGUCUCUUUUCUCAGACAGAAAGCUAUUUGAAACGCCGCCAAAAGAUUCAUGUACCCAUGCUGCAAGUUUGGACUGCUGAUAAACCACAUCCACAGGAGGAGUAUUUAGACUGCCUUUGGUCUCAGAUUCAGAAGUUGAAAAAAGACCGUUGGCAAGAACGACACAUUCUGAGGCCCUACUUGGCUUUUGAUAGCAUUCUUUGUGAGGCACUGCAACACAAUCUGCCUCCGUUCACUCCUCCGCCUCACACCGAAGACUCGGUGUACCCGAUGCCAAGGGUUAUUUUUAGGAUGUUUGACUACACAGAUGACCCUGAGGGCCCUGUCAUGCCUGGCAGCCACUCUGUUGAACGAUUUGUAAUAGAAGAGAACCUCCACUGCAUCAUCAAAUCCCACUGGAAAGAGAGAAAGACCUGUGCUGCACAGCUGUUGAGCUAUCCAGGAAAUAACAAGAUCCCCUUGAACUACCACAUAGUAGAGGUGAUAUUUGCAGAAUUGUUUCAACUUCCAUCUCCGCCACACAUUGAAGUCAUGUACACAACGCUCCUGAUUGAACUGUGCAAACUUCAGCCUGGCUCUUUACCGCAAGUUCUUGCACAAGCCACAGAAAUGCUCUACAUGCGUUUGGAUACAAUGAAUACAACAUGUGUGGACAGAUUUAUUAACUGGUUUUCUCACCACUUGAGCAACUUUCAGUUCCGUUGGAGCUGGGAAGACUGGUCAGAUUGUCUUACUCAGGACCUUGAAAAGCCCAAACCCAAAUUUGUGAGAGAGGUUUUGGAAAAGUGCAUGCGACUCUCCUACCAUCAGCGAAUAAUAGACAUUGUUCCUGCAAGUUUUUCUGUCCUCAGUCCUGCUAAUCCAGUGUGCAUUUACAAGUAUGGAGAUGAAAGUAAUAGGUCUCUUCCUGGAUAUACUGUGGCACUCUGUUUAACAAUUGCAAUUAAAAAUAAGGCCAGUAACGAUGAAAUCUUCGGCAUUUUAAAAGAUGUGCCUAAUCCAAACCAGGAUGAUGAUGAUGAUGAAGGAUUUACGUUCAACCCUCUGAAAAUAGAAGUCUUUGUUCAGACUCUGCUCCAUCUAGCUGCAAAGUCUUUCAGCCACUCCUUCAGUGCCCUGGCAAAGUUUCAUGAAGUCUUCAAAACACUUGCUGAAAGUGAUGAGGGGAAACUCCAUGUUCUGAGGGUUGUGUAUGAGGUUUGGAAGAAUCAUCCACAGAUGAUUGCUGUGCUUGUGGACAAGAUGAUUCGGACACAAAUUGUUGACUGUGCUGCAGUAGCAAACUGGAUCUUCUCUUCAGAGCUUGCACAUGACUUCACUAGGUUUUAUAUCUGGGAGAUCUUACAUUCCACAAUUCGUAAGAUGAAUAAGCACGUUCUGAAGAUUCACAAAGAACUGGAGGAGACUAAGGCAAGAUUAGCCAGACAGCACAAAAGACGAGACAGUGAUGAUGAUGAUGAUGAUGACGACCGAAGCAGUGAUCGGGAAGAUGGACCUCUAGAAGAGCAGAUAGAGCGCUUGCAGGAAAAAGUGGAGUCAGCCCAAAGCGAGCAAAAGAAUCUCUUCCUUGUUAUAUUCCAGCGUUUCAUUAUGUUGCUAACUGAGCACUUAGUGCGUUGUGAAACUGGUGGCAUUGAUGUGUUUACACCUUGGUACAAGAGCUGUAUAGAGAGGCUGCAGCAGAUCUUCCUGCAGCAUCACCAGAUAAUCCAGCAGUACAUGGUGACUCUAGAGAACCUCCUGUUUACAGCUGAACUGGACCACCACAUCCUGGCUGUGUUUCAGCAGUUCUGUGCUCUACAAGCCUGAGGAUUAUUCACAGGCAGUCUUGUCUGCAGGACUGAAAUGAUUUUAAUUUUUUUUUAACAGGAAAAUUUGACAUGGGGAUAUAAGAGAUUUUUGACUAAAACUGGCUUUCAUAUGCUCC